CCUAACUGCUCGUGAAUAAGGGUGCGUACAGGUUCAAAGAUGAACAGAUAGAGUAGGCUGGAUAUCGGACGCGAUUCCUAACCUAUAAGAUGGUCGUGUAAAGUACUCAAAGACAUCGUGUAAUGUAUUCGUGCAUUAUUCUAUAAUGAAGCGUUGACUGCAUAUUUAUGCUGGAACAAAUCACCGUGCUGUCGAAAGAAACUUUUACCAAGAUUCGCUCUUUCAGAAGCUCAAGUUCGUGAACCGUAACUUACAACAUGCCAUUCAACAUCCCAUCCGCAGAGGAACUCCUUCAUAGGUUUACCUAUUAUGAUUACGCUAUCUUCCUCUGCAUGGUUGGGUCUUCUGGAGUGUUGGGUUUGUACUGUGCUUUUAACGAAGGUCCACAAAACACAAUUCGUCAAUUGCUGACAGCAGAUGGAAAACUGCCCUCACUACUUGUCAGCACAUCGUUAAUGGCAUCUUUCAUAUCAGCGUCAUAUAUCCUUGGAAAUACUUCUGAGAUCUAUCAGCAUGGCACCAUGUAUGUUUUCACUGCGUUAUCGUAUUGUCUGGUCAUUCCGAUCACAGCUCAUCUGUACAUGCCGGUAUUCUACAGGAGUGAAGUGCUCACGUGUUACGAGUAUCUCGAGCUACGUUUCAACCGCCUGGUCCGUUACAUCGCUCUGGGAUUUUACAUCAUACAAAUGUUAAUAUACGUUGCUAUUCAGCUCUACGCUCCAGCUCUUGCUUUAUCCUAUGUGACCGGCAUGGGAUUGUGGACAGCUGUGCUGACUAUAGGGCUCAUCUGUACAGCCUACACCUCAGUUGGGGGCAUCAAAGCUGUGGUUUACACGGAUUCUCUUCAGGCAAUGUUCAUGUUUGCCGCUUUGACGGUUGUCGUGGUUUUGGGGUUCCAGUCUGUCGGGGGCUUUAUGGCAGCUUGGAGCAUCGCCCACGAAGGAGGAAGGAUUCGUUUUGACGAUACAAGUUUGGAUCCUACAGUGCGACACACAUUUUGGGGAAUGAUCUUUGGAUCCUUUUUCUCAAACCUUGCGUCGUACGCCACGAAUCAGAUGAUGGUCCUCAGAUACUUCACAGUGUCCUCACUCACCCGCGCGAAAUGUGUCGUCUGGGGUAACCUAUUUUAUUUAACGUGGAUUCUCACUCUCUCAUGCUUAUGUGGUCUGAUGGUAUACGCGUACUUUCACGCCUGCGACCCUUUGGAAUCGAAACAAAUUCAAAGUUACGACGAGCUGUUACCCUAUUUCGUGAUGGUUAAACUUGGCCAUAUAACCGGACUACCAGGAGUUUUUGUUGCUGGCAUUUUCGCCGCCUCUCUCAGCUCGAUCUCUUCCGCUGUGAACGCCUUGUCGAACGUAUUGUACGUAGAUAUAAUUUCUCUGAUUCAACCGAAUCUUUCGAACAAAGCUGGAUCUCGUAUCAUCAAUCUGCUCGGAAUUGUAGUUGGGUUUCUCUCUGUUGUGCUUGUAGCUGUAGCGCAAACAAUGGGCAAUGUGCAGGCUGCUACAAACGCUAUAAAUUCAAGCGUCGGGGGGCCACUUUUAGGUCUGUUCACAACAGGAAUGUUUGUACCGUUUGUAAACUCAAAAGGUGUUCUAACAGGGUUUGCCGUGGCUCUGAGCAUCUCCUUGUGGCUCAGUAUUGUAGGCUUUUUGUACCCAGCCAAAAUUAUUCGAUCUCCACCUCCAAUUUCUGUGGAUGCUUGCAGGAACACAUAUAUGCGUGUCACUAAUUCGAGCAGCUACUUCCCACCAACACCAAAGCCAUGGGCGCCAGGAGAAGGCUAUAUUAUAGCUUAUCGGCUGUCCUACGUAUGGAACGCUGCGCUUAGUGUUUUUAUCGUACUGGUGGUUUCCAUUGUUACAAGUUUGCUUACGAAUCCACAAGACCCCCGGACAUUAAAUCCAAAUUUGAUUGGCCGACCGUUCGACGUUCUUUGCCCUUGGAUAUCCAAAAAGAUUCUUGAUUCGUUGGCUUUUAACGUUGGUGAAGACUAUGAAAUUGCAAACAAGCUGAAAGUUAGAAGCGUUCCAGAUACAUCUGGUAAUGAUAACUCCGCCCACGUUGGCUGCGUAGACGAUCCAUAAGAACGCAGGCCAAGCGUUGGUAGUACCGAACAAUGCUACCGUCAUCAGCUCCAUAUUCGACUGAAAGGAAAGUCGAAUUCGUUUUGUAUUGGUCAAAUUCAUUCAUUAAAUGUGUAAGUCCUACGCGUAUGUACCAAGAGAACUAACAACCGAGUUACGCACCGAGCAAGACAGCCAUUUCGGUACGAGUGCACCAGUCAACGAAAAUAACUUAUCAAAUAUUAUUAUAUUGCUGUUAACUUUAAGAAGUUUUAUUAGUUAAAUAAAAGAAGUUAAUUUGUUCCGCAAGUGAGAACGUUCUCGCCAACAUACUCACUAACUACGAUAGCUAUAAGAGACAGUUGUAUUGCUCGCUCUAUACCUCUUUCAAGUAAAUAACCUGUUUCAAUUUGUUGACAACAAAAUGUUGAUACGUAUAAAGUGGCUACUGAUUCCCUACCAAUCGGCUUAAUUAUCUUGACGUUAAGUUAUUAAUAUUAUCAAUAAUAUACACAGUAUUCCAGUGUUCUCAGCGAUUUUCAUCUAAGCACAAACGAAAAGAGCCACCACAUCGAUUCGGCUUUCGUCUGUACAGACGCGCGGUACACGGUCGCAAGACUUGCGACUUUUAUAAACGCGUUCUAUAUUAACAAACGAUCAAGUGCCGAAGCUUUACGGUAACUUCGCACGCUCGGCCUGAUAUCGGCCUGAGGCUGCUUCUAGGAAGAUUCCGGUGCGUAACAGGCUAUAAAAGCUUCGGACCGCUCGCAUGAAAAACCAAAUAGUCAGACUGUCCAAAAGAGCACAAGGGAAAAAACAGAUCACCGCCAUUUACUUCGUCAACCGAGUUCAGCCGACCCUAGCGCCCGUUGACGAAAUGGUGGCGAUUAACUGAUUUUAACAAACCAGGACUUUGAUACUUUCCGCCUCUCAUUCCACUUAGCUUACGGCCUGCUAAUUCAAAAAUUAUACCAUAACAAAAUGCUAUAUGUAAGCAGUUAAUUGACCGCAUGCUUCGAUCUGUUAUUCAAAAUUUCAAUACUUGGCUUGUCAUGCAGACGAAGCUCGGAAAAUCAUCUAACUGACAUCGUGUUACAUACGAUAAAACGCAAAAGGAUCAGCGUUAAAAUAAAAUCAAACUUAGUUCAAUCUCGAUUCACUUUUUUUAAAUUGAAUUGACUGAAAUCAUUUAGCAAAUAGUCUACUUUUAGGAAUAAUCAAGUUAUUUGUUUUAUGAGCCGUUCAAUUUACAGAAGUUCGCAAGAUACGAAAACGAAAAUAUACGAAUUCCUUCGUCCGUGUUUGAGAAGCGAGCCCAUUGCAUCUUACAUCGAUACACCGAAUGCACGAAUCGUGCACAUGGGAAAGAAAGUUUACUACUGAAAACAGUGAAGCUGUCCCGACAACCGUUAUACAUAAUAAAAUAGUUAGUCGGUGAUAGCAACAAUCACAGAGCUUCAUGCCCAAGAUGUCUGUAUAUCUUUUUGACGUCAAUAUUGAACACCUCGGCUAGAUGAAAUAAUCGUGAAGUGGUCGUGAUCUGUGCGACUACAAAAAAUCGCACGAAUGAUACACUUCUGGUUAAUUAACAAAAAUAUUUUACUGUUAAUAGAAAAAAAAGUUACUUGAAAAAACUCUUUAGACGUCUUAAAUAUGUAUGUGACGUUUGAUCUUAUUACAUACAAGCAUUAGAUCGGUAAGAAAGAACUCUGCUUUGGCAAGUUUUAAAUUUCGCUACCAGUACGGUGUUUUCGAUCUGUUUCCCUAUUUAAUUUAACUUCGAAACAUUCAUUUUGUCAGGCUUUAUCAGCAGGGCUUUCUGUGUUAUUAAAUUAUGAAACUAAAAGAUUUCAUGAGAGUGCUGUCCCGCUACCGACGCACCAAAGAUAACACUAGGAAGAGUUCUGCGUGAAAUUAAAAAAGUAAAAAGUAUUAUGCAUGGAAGACAAUGUUCUGAAGAUAAAAAGGCGGAUCUCGCAUAAAUUGAAUGAGAGUACCGUUGUUAAUAGUGACGAUAUUAUAAGACAGUUCUCAGCGACAGAGAACAUCGUUUGUGUCCGGCAUACCCUUCCAUCAACAGCUUAACUUGGAAAAAUUUGGGGAAAACGAAGUUAUGAAAAACGUAGACGCGUGAUUUUAUCUUUCUUCCACUAUUCAUAGAAGUUUAUUCAGUGUAAUCGAAUUGUUCUAAGAAUAGCGAAAUUCAGUAUUUCGCAUCAUUCCGCAGUGUAUUUGCAUUUAAGUUACCAGCGCUCAGUUCCACUGUAACUAGCAGCGGUGCUCUUGGCACCAGAACUUUUUUGGAAAUCAUCAAAACAUAUUAUGCACCAUCGUUAAUUAGUAUCUAACCGCGCGCAUUAUCGUCAAUAUCACUGGCGUAAUAGUCGUCUCGAGGCAAGUAACUCAAAACAAUAGAAGGUGCUGGCAAUGCCUCUUAAAUAAUUUCUCAAGCGAGGCAGUAACAGAUAUCAAGCUAUGUACUCUGAACUCCUGAAUUCAACGAAAUUGAAGAAUGACUGUACGCUAAUGGAUUGAUUUAGAAAACUGCUGGUUUUGCAUCAGAGUCUGCUAAAUAGGUUCUAAUAGCUAAAAAACAGCAAUAUGUAUUCCAUCAGAAUAGCAAGGCAAACGUUCAAGUUGAGUAAUGAAAAAAUUUUAUGCCAACAACCGUCUACUUAAACUAGACUACCGUUUAGCUAAACACUGGACAACUGAGAGCUAAGAACAUGAUACAUGACAUCCACUCACAGAUCAUUUGGUUCCAAUAAAGAUGUGCACCAUUAUGCUAAUGGCUGGCGAUUUCUAUAAGAACUAAUUUAAAUUCAAUUUCUGCAGAAGUGAUUUUUCCUCAGCUAACACAACCAGCGCUAACAAAGGAUCAUGUACCUUACGUCAUUUACGUUGCCUAAUCUCACGUAUCUUAACAGAAUGAAUGCUCUCGAGUAUGUAUCCUUUACCGGCCUACGAAAUUAUACGUCGCAGAGAUUAUUUACUAUCUUAUAUUGUUAUAAAAAUUAUUGAAUUUUCUACUUCCUAACCAAAAAUACGUGUUGAAUAGCUGUUUUUGUUCUUU